AUGUGGAACUUUCCCGACUGUCUGGGUGCUGUAGAUGGAAAACACGUUCGAAUUACUCCACCACCUCAUUCAGGCUCUUACUAUUAUAAUUAUAAAGGAUUCCAUAGUAUGGUACUUAUGGCUAUAGUAAAUGCCAAUUACGAAAUCUUCUAUUUUCACUUUGGAACUAGCAGAAGAAUUUCGGAUGAAGGUGUAUCAAAAUCUAGUAAAUAUUAUGGAAAGUUGAUCUCUGGAAGAUUAAAUAUACCUAAGCCAGAAAAAAUAGAACACAGCGAUCGAACUUCACCCUAUGUUUUUAUUGGAGAUGACUCUUUUUCAUUAGGAGAAAAUUCACUGAAACCGUUUCCUCAGAAACAUUUGAGCAAAGAAAAAGCCACUUUUAAUUACAGAGUGUCAAGAGCGCGUCGUAUAAUUGAAAAUGUUUUCGUAAUUUUGGCAGCUAGAUUUCGAAUAUUUUAUACUGAACCCAGUUGA